GCUGAAAGCUGAGAGUCGGAGCUCGUUGCACUUUGGUCGAAACUUUUUCUCCCUGUUUUUUUAAUUGAUCUAAGAAUUCUGGGGGUUUCAAUCCACUGUCGUUCACAUGCUGUCACUGUCAGAAGUGACCCCUACUCACUGUGAAACUCUGAGCGUCAAUCAGCGGGAAGAUUGAAAUGUGUUUUAGCGCUGUCUUCUGCCUGCAUGGUCGCCAGGCCAGCUAGCUAGCUAACAGUUAGCCCGUGGAAGCUAACAGAAGUAGCUUGGUGAGGUCCAGACCAGGAGGAGACUAAAGUUAGUUUUUCACCCCAGCUGUGGAUGUGGACACCAGCCUCAGUUUCCCUACGCUGGGAUUAAAGACGCUGGAUUAACAAGCGGAUAAUCGAGCAGUAUGUCCGCAGAGGUUGAGAGCAGCCACGGGGAGACUAGUUUGACAGCGACGGCUGUGGUGGAGAAAGAGGAGAAGAAAACAAACAGGACUGAGGGCGAAGAAGCAGAGAAAUGUGAGAAAAGUCUCACAGAAGUGAAGAAAGAAUGUCAAGAAAAUGACAAAGAGAACGAGCGGAGCUGCAGCGGAGCCGAGGCUGUGGAGAACGACGACGAGGAGGAGGAGGAGGUGAAGAAGGUGGUGGAGGCUCCUCCACCCAAAGUUAACCCGUGGACUAAGAGAACCACGGGGAGAGUGGGCAUCCACAGCAGCAGUCCACAGGAGAAAGAUCAACAGAACGCUCUGAAGGUGGUCCGGGCCAGUAAACCCAGAAUGAGAAAAUCCAGCAAGUCCAGUGACUUCAGUGACAUCACUAACUGGCCCACACCUGGAGAACUGGCUAAAGAGCAACAACAGAAUGUCCUCAACAACAACGGAAAGAAACCUGCUCCUUCCUCCGCCGUCACGUCCUCCACACGCAGAGAGAAGGAGAAGAGACGGGAGCGUCAGGAGAGGAAAUCGGAGAGCAGCCACGACGGCAGUGAGAGUAAAGAGAACCAGGAGAAUCCUCCGGAAUCUCAGGGAGAUGUGCCCAAAGACAGAGAGACCAAGGCAGGGCAGGACGCCAAAAACAACAGCCUGAAAAAGAGAGGAGGUAACAAACGUAAGUGGGUUUCUCUGCCGAUGGAGGAGGUUUCCAGGGACGACAGUGACAAGACACCUAGCGGUGGCCUGACCCGCACUGACACCGAACCAACCAGUGAAUCACCUGACCCCACGUCGCCCAAUCACGCGCUCCAUAAUAACAGGCAGCAUGAUAGCAGCAGGAGUUGGAGAAGAGAGCCCAGGGAUUUCGGGGAUGACGAUGGAGUCAGGAGUGACAGCAGCGGCACUCGAGGAGGGAUGAGAGGACGUGGAAAAGGUCGUGGUCGAGGCAGAGGUCGUGGACGAGGUCGUUUCGAGUUCUUUUCUGACUCCCGUUCCUCUGAUGGCUCAGUUCAGGUUCCCUCAGAGUUUGGUACCAAUAUGGUUUACUAUUAUGAUGACGGUAACAAAGUGCAGAUGUACACAGUGGAUGAGAAGCUUCUUAAGGAGUACAUCAAAAGACAGAUUGAGUAUUACUUCAGCCUCCAUAACCUGGAGCGAGACUUUUUCCUCAGGCGGAAGAUGGACGCUCAGGGCUUUCUGCCUAUCUCCCUCAUUGCCAGCUUCCACAGAGUCCAGGCUCUGACCACCGACAUCAACCUCAUCAUGGAGGCUCUGAAGAGCAGCUCAGAGGUGGAGCUGCAGGACGACAGAAUCCGUUGUAAAACCGAUCCAGAACGUUGGCCCAUCCCUGUUCCUCUCGUCGGUUCUCCUCGUACUGACUUCUCUCAGCUCAUCAACUGUCCUGAGUUUGUUCCGCGACAGAUGCUGAGCUCCACGAACUCUGCUUCAUCUCCGGUCAAGGAGUCUCCUCCAGAAUCUGCAGACUCUCAGGACUCUCCUGAUCCUGACUCCUCAAGUCAGGAAUCCCUGCCUAUCAUCACCACAGCUGCCGACACAUUUAAAGAUGAACCAGCCCCCAAACCCAAACCAGACCCUGACGCCUGGAUCCAGGUGGAGAAACGACACAGACAGGCCCCAGGAAAACCAAAGGGAGACGGCAAGACGUCUCCUUCGCCUCUACCAGCUGAACCUGACCAGGAGGAGCUGGACUUCCUCUUUGACGAGGAGAUGGAGCAGAUGGCGCCCAGGAAAAACAAAUUCACUGACUGGUCGGAUGAAGACGACUCGGACUACGAGCUGGAUGACCAGGACGUCAACAAGAUUCUCAUCGUCACUCAGACCCCUCCAUAUCUUAAAAAACACCCAAGUGGAGACCGGACAGGAAACCAUGAGUCCAGAGCUAAGAUCACAGCAGACCUGGCCAAAGCCAUCAACGAUGGGCUGUACUACUACGAGCAGGACCUGUGGGAGGGAGAGGAGCAGAUGGAGGGCAGCAAGCAGGACUCUGAAAGCUUUAAAAAGCUGAACUUCAUCAGUAAAGAUGAGUUUGACAAUCUCACUCCCAAAGUGCCCGUCGACCCCAACCAGGAAGUCCCGCCUCCUCCCAUGGCAGUGGACACUGCAGCAGAACUGUCACGUUCUCUGCCCUCAUCAGUGCCAAGGUCGCCCAGUACUCACCAACCCCGCACGCCCAGAACACCUCGCACACCCGGACGCCAAGACCCCAACAAGACACCUCGCUUCUACCCCGUCAUGAAGGAGAGCGGCACCAUUGAUGGACAGAUGCCAAGGAAGAAGAAGACGCGCCACAGCUCCAACCCUCCUCAGGAGGCCCACAUCGGCUGGGUGAUGGACUCCCGUGAACACCGGCCUCGCUCAGCCUCCAUUAGUAGCUCCAAUGCCUCUCCAUCAGAGGGCGCUCCUCUGACGGGAAGUUACGGCUGUACCCCACAGUCUCUGCCUAAAUUCUGGCAUCCAUCCCAUGAGCUGCUGAGGGACAAUGGCUUCACCCAGCAGGGUUAUCACAAGUACCGGCGACGCUGCCUUAACGAGAGAAAACGGUUGGGGGUGGGUCUAUCUCAGGAGAUGAACACUCUCUUCAGGUUCUGGUCCUUUUUCUUGAGGGACAACUUCAACAGGAAGAUGUACGAGGAGUUCAAACAGUACGCCGUGGAGGACGCCAAAGAAAACUACAGGUAUGGACUGGAGUGUCUCUUCAGAUACUACAGCUACGGUUUAGAGAGAAGAUUCAGGUUAGAUCUGUUCAAGGACUUCCAGGAAGAAACCCUGAGGGACUUUGAGAAAGGUCAAUUGUACGGACUGGAGAAGUUCUGGGCCUUCUUAAAAUACUCAAGGAUGAAGAACCAACCCAUUGACCCAAAGCUGCAGGAACAUCUGCGCCAGUUCAAGACCCUGGAGGACUUCAGGGUGGUGCCCCCAAUAGGAGAGGAAGGAGGCAGAAGGAGGUGUCACUCAUCCUCGGCUGGGGAUGGUGGGAGGCGUCGACGUCAUCCUUCCAACACUACCUCAAAACCUGCACCGGCUUCCAAAUCCUCUUCCUCUGCUGCUGCUCCAUCAGGUGCUGCUGCUGUGCAGACUACACCAAAAGACAAGGACAACAACCAGAAAUCUGCAGCUCCAUCAGCUCCUCAGGCCAAAAAAGUGGAGUCAGGAGACGUAAAGAAGCAGAGCAUCACACCAAAUAAAUAAGACCUCCAGGAAGAGUGAAGGUUUGUGGGUGGAGGAGCAGCAGAGCAGCCUCUGAGAUCUAGUAUUUGUUCUCCUCAAAGAACAGUUUGAGUUUGACAAGAGACUGAGCUUUGUUGACUUCAGUAGAUGUUUUUUUCUCAGUGCAUUUCAGUAUAAAGUGUAGGCAGUGAGCGUGAAUCUUUGCUCAUGGUGUUUACAAACAAAAAAAAUGCAUUCCCUGCAUUUUCUUUCCUUCUCCUCUCUUUCUCUCUGUGCCAAACUGCUCAACAUGAGCCUCGAGUCUCAGCAGCUCUGACUCCAGACAAGCUUUUUUUGGACCUUUUCCCAAUAUCAGAGACAUUGGUGCCUUAAUCUGAUUCUAGCAGGGGCCACUGGUGGACGGUCCCUGAUUCAACUGUCCUCGUUCUUGGUUCAUAUCCACAAGUCUUUACACGUCUUUGUUUGGGUGCUAAUGUAAUACAACAGCAGACUGUAUAUAAGUAAUGGACGUAGGCGUCUGUAAAAGAGAUCAGACUCUGGAAAGUAAAUAGAUCGCCUGACUUCAGAAGUUUUUCUGUUUGAAAAUGAGUCUGUGAGCAGAACCGGACCAUUUAUCUGAAGUUCGAUUUUUAAAAUAAGAUGAGUCUGAGUUUUUGUCAAGUGUUUUCACUGUCUUUGAGUUAAUAUUUUUUUCUUUUUAGCUGAUUCCCAGCUACUUUGAACUUUUGGCAAACUUUAAACUUUAAAUCUCUUCAUUGCCUACUUUCACAUAACUUAUCUGUUAAAUUUUUCCAGAUUAUUGGAUUUAUUGUUUUUUGUUAACCUGAGCCUUAUCUUUGAUCACUUGUAGCUGCUUUUGGAUACUGCUACUCAUUUUUCUUCUUUUUGUGAAUAUUUUCAGUUAUCAUCGAUUAUCUCUGGAUUAUAAUUGUUUUUACUAACAAUGCCUAAUUGGAAAUAUUUUGGCUAAUCAUUUAUCAUUUGGGCUACAUCUCUUUUGGGUACAAACAAACUCCUUCAUCUGUUCCACCAAUCAUGUGACACUUCUCUGUUGUGUAAUCCUCCAAAACUCCUUGAUUCUUUAAUCAAGUAGUUCAGGCCUGUCAUAAAACCACACAGUUUUAGCCCAAGCCUUUUUUUUUUUUUUACAUUUUCUUUGUCAAAUUGGCAUAGUGUUGAACUGAAGAUAUGUUUAGUCAAACCCAGGGAAACAAGUCAGAAUUGUUUCACUGAUGUUCGAGGAUUUCAUACAGACUGACUUCUGAAACCAUCAGAGCUGCUUACACGCCUGACGUGGCUACGUCCAUUUCUUAUAUUUCUUUUAUUGUCUCCACACACUAAAGAAAUCUGCUUCAUACUGACAAUCAAAGUUGGCCUAUGUUUCUUCACAUAAUUUUAAUCCACAUGAGAGGAAAUACAAACGUACAUAGGGAACUCCUCUUAAAAAAAAUCCCAUUUUACAUCCAAGAGAUAAAAUAAUUUAUUAUUUUAUUACUUUUUUUCCUUUACUUGAUUUAUUGAAUAGUCUUAGUAAAUCAGUGCAGUUUUUAAUUGCUUAUGCUGUUAUAACAUUAAACAAGUAAAUAUUUCUGCUGGAUACUUGGGUAUAAGCUUGCUUGUUUAAGAAACCCUACAGUUAAUUUUAGAGUUGGUUCUUAGGUUUGAGGCUUCAGUGCUUUAGAGCACUUAAAUCAGUAACUUUUUUUGUUGUUCUUUAUCCAUGGACUUUAAAGGAUUUAGAGUUGAACUAAAAAGACAAAAAUGUAAAUACUAUAAAAAAUCAUUUGCUAUUCAAUUAUCUUUUUGAUUUUAAGUGAUUUAUUGGUAAUGUGGUUUUUGAGUGUGUUUUAGGACAAAGUAUUGCAUGUUAAUGUAUGAUGCAAUUGUAUGAUGCAAAAAAAAUAUAUAAAAUGACAAUUGAUUGUA